CGCUGAAGAAGAGACGUUAAACGCUCCAGCCCCGGACAGAGUGAGAGAGAGAGAUCAGAAAUGGCGGCCAAUAUCGGAAUCAUGGACUCGGCUUAUUUCGUAGGCAGGAUGGAGAUCUUGGCUUGGAUCAAUUCAACUCUCCAACUCCAUCUCUCCAAAGUCGAAGAGGCGUGUUCGGGUGCGGUUCAUUGCCAGCUGAUGGACGCGGUUCAUCCUGGGAUGGUGCCAAUGCACAAGGUCAACUUCGAUGCCAAGAACGAAUACGAGAUGAUCCAGAACUACAAAGUUCUUCAAGAUGUUUUCAAUAAACUCAAUAUCAACAAGCAUAUUGAGGUGAACAAGUUAGUGAAAGGAAGGCCCCUUGAUAAUCUGGAGUUCAUGCAAUGGAUGAAACGCUACUGUGAUUCAGUCAAUGGGGCUGUUUUACACGGUUACAAUCCUUUGGAAAGGAGAGAGGCAUCAAAAGGAGGAAAAGAUUUGUGUAAGAAAUCUGCAGCAUCUCAAUCUUCAACCAGAUCGUUAGCAUCUGCUCCAAGAACUCAGAGCUCCCACAGCACUCGAAGGAAUGAUGUCAUCUCUAUAAAUCAAUCUGUUAAGAACUCCAGGUCUUCUGCAAUUGGAGGGCCCGCAUAUGAUGAACAGAUCACAGAGUUGAAGUUGUCAGUGGACAGUCUAGAGAAAGAGAGGGACUUCUACUUUGCCAAGCUACGGGAUAUUGAGAUCCUGUGCCAGUGUCCUGAGAUUGAGAAUUUACCAGUCGUUGAAGCAAUAAAGAGGAUAUUAUAUGCUACAGAUGAUAGUGCAUCGGUGUUGGCAGAAGCUCAAGCCAUGAUAUCCCAGCAACAUUAUGAAGCUCAGCCUAUUUUGGAAGUUCCAGAAGAUGGACCAAAGGCAGAUACUCUGAAGAGGAAACAUUUCAUCAAUUCUGAUAUUGAUACAUUGUCCACAAGGCAAAGGACUUCAGCUGCAUCAGAUGUCCGUUGCAGUGGAUCACCUCUUGUGACCUGCUAAUAAUCUCUUUCUUUUGACAAUGUAUACCAUCAUCCAAUCUGCCUCUGAGAACAUUUUAUGUUGCCAAAUUCCUGUUUAAUCUUUAUGCUAAUUGUAGGUGAUCAAAAGUAUGUUUCAAGGGCUAUAGGAUGUUGUAGUUCCCAAAUAACAUGGUUUCAAGGUUUCUCCCAUUUGUGUGCUGUCUAUUGACAAGCUCUAGAAAUAUAUCUUCUAUCUGAUUCAGUGCUUAGCUGGAAUUUUAUUGGUGAGCAUUUCUAGAGAGUUCUAUUGCUCCCUUGUCAUACCUGUUUGGUGUACAAUUAUAAGGUCCUGUUGUAUUUCUUUGAUAGAAACCAUUGUGGACUGAUGAA